AUUUUCCACUUCAGUAAAAGAGUUAUCCUCGAUACCAUCAAUCUAAAAGCCUACCUAAUGUGAUAAGUCAUUAUACAGUUAGCUAACUUAAGGUAGGUCCCAUAAGUGCUUUUGUGCCGUAAGACUACCUAAUAGACCUAUAGCAGUGCACUUACACACUGAAGUACCUAAGUCGGUACGGUACCUCUUGCAGCUGCUCCAAAUUACAAAACAGCCUUACUUCAACUUUCCAUAGCGCAGCUCCGUCUUGACCUCACCUCCAUACCUAGGUACCUACCUCUUACCAUAAUCCGCGACCCGAGCCACAAACACAUCGUGGCUACUUUUCAUGCGAGGAAGUUAUAUUUAUCCAUCAUCGGUGUUUCUUCCUAUAAGAUACAUGCUUCCCUAGCUAGCUUAACUCCACAUUCUCUAACACUAAGCAAUAUAUUCCGACUCCACCUUCGAGAGCUCACCUUUCCAGCUCCUCUCGACCAUAGCUAAAGUUACAUUUAUCGACGGGUAUACUACGCAAGCACCAACGCAAUUAUUUAGUUCCCAAUCGCCGCCAUGGCCCCGACUCCGGCGAAAUACGUUCUCUUGUCAUUACCCCUGAGCACCUUCGACACAGGCGACCAGCAAGAAGCUCUCGACUCUGUCAAGACCACCAUCACGUCUGCCAAUGGAAUCGUCUUGCCCUUCCCCGUCCCCAAUUUUAAGAUAGGGACUCUGGAUGCCUUGGUCCAGCAAGCCGACGACCUAGCAAAGCUCAACACAGCCUGCGAGGGAGUGGUCAGCAAAGUUGGCGACGCCUUGCGAUCCUUGUACGAAGGCAACGAGGAUAAGGCUUCUGAACAAAAGAUGGUUAACGACAAGCCGACGGAUCAGUAUCUUCGCACCUUUACUUGGAACAAAGUCCGCUACCGAGCCGACAGGCCUGUAGGCGAACUCGUUGAUAUCCUCCAAAAGGAAUUGGCUACAAUCGACAAUGAUGUCAAGGGCAAAUUCAACCAAUACAAUCAAGUCAAGACGAACCUCGCCGCCCUGCAAAGAAAGCAAACGGGUAACCUCGCGACCAAGUCUCUCACGCCGAUCGUCAACCCGUCUCUGCUGGUGCAAGACUCGGAAUACCUCGAAACGCACCUCGUUGCCGUCCCCUCCAACCUGAAAAAGGAGUAUCUUAAGAGCUACGAGACCGUGUCACCCAUGGUAGUGCCCCGGUCGUCCGUACAGGUUGCGCAAGACGAUGAAUUUAUCUUGUUCGCCGUCACCACGUUCAAGAAGCACAGUGCCGAGUUCCAACAGAAGUGUCGAGAGCAGAAGUGGACGCCCCGCCAGUACAAAUACGUCGAGGGCGGAAAAGAAGAAGAGCAGAGAGAAAUAGAUCGCGUCACUCGGGAAGAAAAGAAGGUCUGGGGCGAGGCUCUACGGUUGACCCGCACGGGAUGGAGUGAGAGUGUUAUGAUAUGGGCGCACAUCAUGGCCCUCCGCGUCUUCGUAGAGUCGGUGUUGCGCUAUGGCUUGCCACUGGAAUUUGUGUCGGCCCUCGUACUGACGAACGCAAAGUUGGUGAAGAAGGUGAAGACGGCGCUGGACUCGUCAUAUUCGUAUCUAGGUGGAAAUGCGUUCGGACGAGACAAGCGAGGGAGGAUCACAAAAGAUGACGCGGCGUUAACAUCGGAGAUGGCAGCGGCCGGCUUGGGGCACGCAGGAGAAGGCAACGAGUAUACGGCAUACGUAUAUUACGAGUUCGAAGUAUAGACAGUAUGCAAGCAGCUAAUUUAUUAGGUUGGCGUUUUCGCGGGCGGACCAAUGUUAUAGCUAGCAUCUCCCCGAAUAGGGGACUUUGGUUGUCACAUCACAGCAACGGGACUUUUCUGUAUAUUUCUUCGAAG